CUGCCCUACCCCACCCAUCCCGGCCUGGCCAGCACUCCCUGGAGAAAGAGCCCUCUCACCUGGCAGCUGGACCAAGGGAGCCCGCCUUAGGCACCGGAGGGUGCCCUGGAGUGGAGGGGCCCAUCCUGACCAUGGUCCCUGCCUGGCUGUUGCUGCUUUGCCUCUCCAUAGCCCAGGUUUUCCCCGAAGACCAGUAUGCAGAACUGAAGGUGGAAGUCCCUGAAAACUAUGGUGGAAAUUUCCCUUUGUACCUGAUCAAGCUGCCACUGCCCCCUGAGGAAACAGAGGGCAAGAUUGUGCUGUCGGGGACCCCAGGCAUGGUAGCUGAGGGCCUCUUUGCUGUGGAUCCAGAGUCUGGCUUCUUGCUGGUGACCAGGACCCUGGACCGAGAGGAACAGUCCGAGUACCAGCUGCAAGUCACCCUGGAGACUGAGGAUGGACGUGUCUUGUGGGGCCCACAGCCUGUGCUUGUGGAUGUGAAGGAUGAGAAUGACCAGGUGCCCCACUUCUCUCAGUUCGUCUACAAAUUUCAGCUGAGCCUGGGCACCAAGCCUGGCAUCCCCUUCCUCUUCCUUGAGGCUUCGGACGGGGAUGAGCCGGGCACAGCCAACUCCGAUCUCCGAUUCUACAUCCUGAACCAGGCCCCAGCCCAGCCUUCCCCACACAUGUUCCAGCUGGAGCCUCAGCUGGGGGCUCUGGCCCUCAGCCCUGAAGGAAGCACCAGCCUAGGCCAGGCUGCGGAAGGGCUCUACCAGCUAUUGGUACAGGUCAAGGACAUGGGUGACCAGGCUUCGGGCCACCAGGCCACUGCCACCGUAGAUGUCUUCAUAGUAGAGAACACCUGGGUUCCCCUAGAUCCCGUCCACGUGCCAGAGAAUCUCAAAGUUCCAUACCCACACCCCAUAGCCCAGGUACACUGGAAUGGGGGAGAUGUACAUUAUCACCUGGAGAGCCAGCCCCCUGGCCCCUUUGAUGUGGAUACAGAGGGAAAAGUCUACGUGACCAAGGAGCUAGACCGAGAAUCCCAGGCUGAGUACCUGCUCCAGGUGCGGGCUCAGAACACCCACCGUGAGGACUACAUAGAACCUCUGGAGCUGCGACUGGUGGUGAUGGAUGACAAUGACAAUGCACCUGUCUGCUCUCCACAGGACUCCCCAGUCAGCAUUCCUGAGCUCAGCCCCCCAGGCACCAAGGUGACUAGGCUGUUGGCAGAGGACAUGGAUGCCCCCGGUUCCCUCAAUUCCCACAUUGUGUAUCAGCUGCUGAGCCCUGAGCCUGAGGAGGGAGCAGAUGGAAGAGCCUUUGAGCUGGACUUCACCUCAGGCAGUGUGACACUGGGGGAUGCCCCGCUCCAUGCUGGCCAGAACAUCCUGCUCCGGGUGAAGGCCGUUGACCGAGGUGGAGCUGAGGGUGGCCUCAGCAGCACGUGUGAGGUCGCUGUCACAAUCACAGAUAUCAAUGACCAUGCCCCCGAGUUCACUAUUUCCCAGAUUGAGCCUGUGAGCCUUCCUGAGGAUGCAGAGCCAGGGACUCUAGUGGCCACACUCAUGGCCACUGAUGCUGACCUUGAGCCUGCCUUCCGCCUCAUGGACUUUGCCAUUGAGGCAGGGGAUAUGGAGGGGACCUUUGGCCUGGAUUGGGAGCCAGACUCCAGUCAUGUCCAACUCCGACUCCUCAAGAACCUCAGCUAUGAGGCAGCUUCCAGUCACAGGUUGGUGGUGGUGGUCCGGAGCGUGGCAGAAUUGGUGGGGCCAGGCCCAGGCCCUGGAGCCACAGCCACAGUGACGGUGCUGGUGGAAAAGCCGGUGCCACCCCCCAGGCUGGACCAGAGCUACGAAGCCAGUGUUCCAGUCAGCACCCCAGCUGGCUCCCUCCUGCUGACCAUCCAACCCUCAGAAUCCGUAAGCAGCCCCCUCAGGUUCUCCCUGCUCAAUGACUCAGAGGGCUGGCUCUGCAUCAAGGAGGUCUCUGGGGAGGUGCGCACAGCCCGGCCCCUGCAGGGCGCCCAGCCUGGGGACAUGUACACAGUGCUCGUGGAGGCCCAGUACGAAGACCGGCCGACACUGAGCACCUCUGCAACCCUCGUGAUCCACUUCCUGAAGUCUCCGUUUGCCUGGGCCCCAACCCUGAACCCUGUUCCCACCCGCCACCUCUGCACGCCCCGCCAGGACCAUGGCGUGGUUAUCAGUGGACCCAGAGAGGACCCUGACCCGGCUGGUGGGCACGGUCCCUACAGCUUUGCCCUUGGCCCCAACCCUACGGUGCAGCGGGACUGGCACCUCCAGGCUCUCAACGGUUCCCACGCCUACCUCACCCUGGCCCUGCACUGGGUGGAGCCACGUGAGCACACAGUGCCUGUGGUUGUCAGCCACAACACUGGGACGUGGCAGCUCCUGGUCCAAGUGAUUGUGUGUCGCUGCAACGUGGAGGGGCAGUGCAUGCGCAAGGUCGGCCGCAUGAAGGGCAUGCCCUCGAAGCUGUCGGCGGUGGGCAUCCUCGUGGGCACCUUGAUGGCGAUAGGCAUCUUCCUCAUCCUCAUCUUCACUCAUUUGACCUUGGCGAGGAAGAAGGAUCUAGAUCAGCCAGUGGACAGCGUGCCCCUGAAGGCGGCUGUUUGAAUGGUCCAGGCAGCCCCAGCUGGGAGCUUGGCCUCUGCCUCCAUCUGGGUUUCCUGGGAGAGGGCCCAGCACUGUGGAUACUGGGGGCUAGGACAGAGUUGGAGCCCCUUCCCCUGCCUGUGAUGGAGCCAACAUUACCAGACAAGUCUGUAGAGCCUGAAUACUGACUUGAUGGGCUGCCCAUGGGAAUGUUCCAUAUGGGGCCAUGUUUGUCUACCAAUAAAGCCUCAGAGAGCAGACAGGGCCUGUGCUUGCUUCUCAGAGUCAUGUGAA